AUGAAUGAUCGAAACUCUAGCCUCCGUCUCGUGGAAUCGUGCAGGGUAUUGUCUCGCGCGAGAGAAAUCCAUGCCGCGAUCCGGCCCACGCUCCAAAGGAGCGAUGUUUUCAUGCACAACAAGCUCAUUGAGAUGUAUGGGAAAUGCGGGAGCGUGGAAGACGCGAGAGAAGUUUUCGAUAGCAUCGACCACAAGGAUAACUUCUCGUGGGAUUUUAUGUUGUGCGCGCUCACUCGAAAUGCCCAAGUUGACGAAGCGGAGGAAUUCUUCGAUCGAAUCCAGGAGAUAUCUCUCGUCACGCAAAAUAUCAUGCUAUCGGCCUAUGCCCAAAACCAAGACGUGAUCAAAGCCCAAAAACUCUUUCAUAGCAUGACAAAGCGAGACAUGGUUUCGUGGAAUACUCUCUUGUUAACAUUUGCCCAGAAUGGGUACUUGGAGUUGGCGGAGAUUUCUUUCGCGCGAAUGCCAGUGGUGGACCUUGUAUCUUGGACGACGAUGCUAGACUGCUAUGCCAAUUCUGGAAAUCUCGCAUCUGCGACGUCCAUCUUCCAGCAAAUUCCGGAAAGGAACUUGAUAACCUGGACGGCCAUGAUCGAUGCUUAUGCCCAAAACGGGAAUCUGGAGGACGCAAAGAAUCUCUUCGACGCUAUGCCGCUGUGGAACUUGAUUGCCUGGACGGCUCUUUUGACGGCAUUCUUACAAGGGAAGAAUCUUAGCAAAGCCAAGGAAAUAUUCGAUUUUAUGCCGGAGCAUAGCUUAGUGUCGUGGACGGCAAUGCUGGCAGCAUAUGCCAAAACCGGGCUUUUAUCAUUGGCAAAGGCAUUGUUUGCGAAUAUGCCACAGAGAAACGUUGUGUCGUGGAGUGCCAUGCUGGCAGCUUACGUGGACGCCAGCGCAUUUUUAGAGGCAAAGCGAACGUUUCAGAAUAUGCCACAGCACAAUGUGGUGGCUUGCACUGCCAUGCUGGACGCAUAUGCCCAGUCAGGGCAUCUGGAAGAAGCGGAAGCCAUGUUCGAGAAUGUUCCACAGCGGAAUCUCUUUACAUGGAACGCUAUGUUGUCGGCAUAUGCUCGCAAUGGGCAAUUGGAGCACACCAAAAUGAUUCUCGAGACAAUGCCAGAGCACAAUGUGGUAUCGUGGAACACUCUUGUUGGCGAAUAUGCCCAAGCCGGGUAUAUUCUUCUAGCUGAGCAAGUCUUUGAUUUCAUGCCAGAGAAGAAUCUUGUGACGUGGAAUUCUUUGCUGGCCGGAUAUGCCCAGUCCGGCGAGCUCCGUCGAGCCGUCCAAAUUUUCUUUCAAAUGCCAUGGCGAGAUUUAAUCUCUUGGAACUCUCUUCUCUCUUCAUAUGCCCAAAAGGGGCAUUUGCGCCAGGCUAGGGUUUUGUUUGAUCGAAUGCCAGAGCGCGACAUUGUCUCCUGGGGCGCGCUCCUCGCCGGCUACGCGCACGGCGGCCACUCCAGCGCUGUGUUUGAUCUCUUCGACGCCGCAAGAACGAUCGAUGCCGUGGAUCCGGGCUGUUUCCUCUGCUAUUUGAUCGCGAGCAGUCACUCGGGCAUGACGAGCGCCGGGAAGGCGUGCUUCGCGAGCAUGAGCGUGGAUUAUGGGAUGAGGGCGACGAAGCAGCACUACUCGUGCCUGAUCGAUCUUCUCAGCCGUGGCGGCGCCGCUGAGGAGAUCGAGGAGAUGAUCCGGAGCAUGCCCUUUGAGCCAGAUUCCUUCGAUUGGAUGUGCUUGCUGCGAUCGUAUUCCAGCUCAAAGAAUGUGGAUCAUCGCGGCGCUGGGGCUCUCGAUUCCUGCCAGGGGGAGGGAGCGGCGUAUGUCCACAUCGCGAAUUAUAGGGUUCUCGGGAUUUAG